UAGGUGUACAGUGCUGUCAGUGUUAAAAAUCCAUUUAUGCCCGAUUUUGAUGAAAAUACUAUCGGACACAACGAAAUUUCUGAAGAAAGUAAAUCGAAUUACACCACCAUGUCGACAGCAAUGGAUAUGUUUCUCAGCGCGACUGACUCCCUCUCAUUCCCGGACCUCUUAGACAUAGACAUAAAAUCAGAAAUAGAUACUUUGGUCGGUGGCCACAAUGAUUUCUCAGGUUUCAAUUUCAAUGACCUGCCUCCAUUGGAAUUCGAAGACGUACACAGCAUCAAAUGGUUCAAUUCAAACUCCAACCACUCCGACCUAGACUUCAGCGGCGAAGACGGCUCAACAAUGGUAAAUCCCAACGCGGUAAUGCCAGUUAUGUCUUUAGCUCAGAACAUUAGAUCCCCUUCCCCCACAUUAAAAGAAAGCCACUUGACUUUCUCGCCGGCCACCAUCAAAAUGGCAACUGUAAAACCGGAAGCAGCCACCGUCAAGAAGGACCUUCUGAAUAGGCUAGACGAAAUCGAAGAGAAGAAGCCUGUGUUCAAAGCAAUAACUAAAGUGACACCAAUUCUAGCCAAACCUGCCAUUAAGACUAUAACUAAGUCGCCGACAAUACUGACGUUCAGAAACACCAUUUCCCGACAGAUAAGCACUCCGAUCACCGUCUCGCAGAUAGGCAACGUUGCGACCAUCAGAACGGUGGCCCCCGUUAGUAUAAAUAAGAAGCACAUAAACAAUAAUAGAAUAUACGAAGACGAAGAACGCGCUUUCCCGAAACCGGCUUACAGCUACAGCUGCCUCAUCGCCAUGGCGCUGAAGAACAGUCGCACCGGCAGCUUGCCGGUGUCCGAAAUCUACAAUUUUAUGUGCAAGCAUUUCCCUUACUUCAAGACCGCGCCGAACGGUUGGAAAAACUCUGUGCGGCACAACCUGUCCCUGAACAAGUGCUUCGAAAAGAUCGAGAAGCCGGUGGUGAACGGAGCCCAGAGGAAGGGCUGUCUGUGGGCGAUGAACCCCGCGAAGAUCAGCAAAAUGGACGAGGAGGUGCAGAAGUGGUCCAGGAAGGAUCCCCUCGCUAUAAAAAGGGCGAUGGUCAAUCCAGAAAACUUAGAGGCUUUAGAGAGGGGGGAACUAAAAUUCUGUUGUUCGUACGACGAGAGCGACAAUUUCGGCGAUUCCUGUGGAAGCGCCGAGGAAGUUAGUGAAGAGGGAUCCGAUUCGGAACAGGAACAAGAAGUAGAGACUGGCGGCACCACCCAAUACGAAUACAUACACGUCAAAGAUGAGGACAUAGAGGAUGUCGAUGUUGAGGUAUCGGAUGAGACAUACGAGGACAUCGAGGACGAUCAAGAAUUGCUGCGGGUGGAGGUGGCUCUAGCACAGAAGGAGCUCUUAGAGUACGAAAGGACGAUAAACAACAAGCGGAGGAGGACGUACAUUAUACAACAUUAAUCAGUAGAUCUAAAUUGGAGGACGACAUGGCCAGUUUCCGUUUGUCGUCCCCGUCAGAAUCGUAAGCAGAAGAACAUCCCACCUGCCACCGGGACUCCGUUACUAACGAAAGCAAAGCUGUGUAUGAUUGGUGAUAAAUGUACAUAUUUGUAAUAAUUUCUCCUGCCCGUGUAUCUCCUAGUAUUAGUUUAGUUUUGUUUUUUAACGCAUAAGAAGACUGCCAAUUACAAAUUCCCUUUGGGUAAGAGGCCACUAGCUUUCCUCUAUGUCGGAAUUGUAACUUUGUCUGGUUUUCGUUCUGUGCAUUUAACAGAAGGAUGUGUCGCCGAGAGCAGUAUUCGGGAAGUAGCAGCGGAUUGACGGCAACGACGUGCCCUCAAAACCCCCGGUAGUCGCGUUUUAGGGUGCCGUCGGCGUUUGUAGUGUUGUACGAAUUGUGCCUUUGCUCCAAACUCAACUUCUUGGUCAUUUCCUCAUUGCGGGACCACCGGUUUGUUCACACGUCUGUGUUUAUUAAUCAUGUAAAUUUUUCAUCCGUUACUUUUUUUUUCUUAAUUAAUGCAAAUGUGAUAAAUCUAUUUUUAUGGCCUGUUACGAGACUUAGUGAACGCGCAUUGGGAAGCGAUUUCUGUUUUGAGCGUCAAAUGGUAGUGGCGGCAGCGUUGAAUUCCCACCUUUAGACUGAAAGAAAAAAAAUGUUGUCACGAAAAUUUUAUUGUAUCUUUUUGCCGUAACGAUAUCCCACUUUAAUUUUUCAUACCCCGAUUAGUUCUAGGAAUAAAUCAAGUGGAAAACUUAAAUACAGACCCCCGACAAUUUGUGGAAGGUCUAUUUACCUCAAAAAAUUGAUAUUUCAAUAAAAAUAUUUUAAAAAAAAUUGAGGUAGAAAAUUUACUGUUGACAAAAUACAGGUUCCAAUCAGUUUGGAACCUUUCAAAAUUAGCUUUCUAAAUGAAGUUAUAUUAAAAAAUACUAACAUGUUCAAAAGCUUCGAAAAAAAACAUUCAAUUCAGUUAUAUAAACUGUAUCUUUUUAAAUGUUACACUGUUUUACGUUCAUAAGUACUUCAUAAACUCGAUUGCUUCACAUUCGCUGUACAGAAUGAAUAAGUUGUCGUGAAGUAACAGUGGAUGUGAAGUAAUCAAGUUCGUCAAGCAUCUACGUAUCAAUGAUUUUAUAAAAUUAAAUCUCUAAGUGAAGUUAUAUUAAAAAAAAAAUGCAAAAAUUGAAGUAGAAAAUUUACUGUUGACAAAAUACAGACAGUUUGGAAACGUUCAAAAUUAGCUUUCUAAAUGAAGUUAUACUAAAAAAUACUAACAAGUUUUAAAGUUUGGAAAAAAACAUUCAAUUCAGUUAUAUGAAUUGAUUUUCAGUGGAAAAGUGUCUCUUUUUAAAUGGUACACUGUUUUACGUUCAUAAGUACUUCAUAAACUCGAUUGCUUCACAUUUGCACAGAAUGAAUCAAUUGUCGUGAAGUAACAGUGGAUGUGAAGUAAUCAAGUUCGUCAAGCAUCUACGUAUCAAUGAUUUUAUAAAAUUAACUCUCUAAGUGAAGUUAUAUUUAAAAAAGAAAUGCAAAAAUUUACUGUUGACAAAAUACACAGUUUGGAAACUUUCAAAAUUAACUUAACUUAACUGAAGUUAUAUUAAAAAAUACUAACAUAUUUUAAAGCUUCGAAAAAAAAAACAUUCAAUUCAGUUAUAUGAAUUGAUUUUUGGUUGAAAAGUGUCUCUUUAAAUGUUACACUGUUUUACGUUCAUAAGUACUUCAUAAACUCGAUUGCUUCACAUUCGCUGUACAGAACGAAUCAAUUGUCGUGAAGUAAUCAAGUCUGUCGAGCAUCUACAUAUCAAUGAUUUUAUAAAAUAAACUCUAAGUGAAGUUAUAUUUAAAAAAAAUGUAAAAAU